AUGGCUGGAGUGAAAGUAUCACCGGCUUUGCCCACCCCAGCAGAAACCCCGAUUGUCAACAGAGACGUAAGCUACCCCAGGUGGUUUGGUGGAUCUGCCUCUUGCAUGGCGGUUUUGAUAUCGCAUCCUUUUGAUCUAAUGACCUAUGGGGCAUCUCGGAUUGCACUCUAUGAGGAGCUUAAGCAAUCAGCCAUGGAGCAUGGGAAACCAGUCACGGUUCCUAUGCUCACUGCAAUGGCUGCCAUAUCCGGCUUUGUGGGAGCAAUAUUUGGCACUCCCUCGGACAUUGCAAAUAUUAGGAUGCAGAAUGAUAAGUCCUUAGCACCUCAAGAUCGUCGCAAUUAUCGCCAUGUUUUCGAUGCUUGGAUGCAAAUGAAACGCUACGAGGGGUGGAGGGCCUUCAGACAAGGAAUGUGGCCCAACUGCUUUCGAUGCGCAAUAAUGACAGCAAGUCAACUAGCAUCCUAUGACAUCUUCAAGAAGCUGGUAAUGAGUAUCAGUAAUGCAAAGAGCGAAACACCUUUUGUUCACUUUUCAGCAUCCGUGAUGGCUAGUUUGAUUGCAACAUCAAUUUCCAGCCCAAUGGACGUGAUCAGGACGCAGUUGAUGAAUUCCUCCGAAAGUGCAUCCGUACUCAGAAUCGUGGGAAAAUUGUUCCGUCUCGAAGGUUACCGAUGGAUAUUUCGUGGCUGGACUCCUAGCUUUAUACGUCUAGGGCCCCAGACAGUUGCAACCUUGGUUUUAUUGGAACAACAUAAACGGUUUUAUAGAAUGGUCACGUCAGUGGGAGAUUGCCCAUAA